GUAGUCAAUGAAAUGAAGUCAAAACACACGUCAUAAACCUAUUCAAAGGUAAGUUACUACCCCAAACACCAGCCGUUAACGCAGAGCAAAGAGAUGUCAAUGUGUGAAACGAGCAUAGAAAAGAAAUCAAACGAAAGCGGGAGCUGUGCGAAAUGAAAUAUAUUUGCAUAUCUAGUAACCGAAAUAGCAGUUCUUCUAAAACACAAACACUUUCACAAUGGACAGUGUGCAAACAGCAGCAGACGUGUCUAAUUCUACAAAUCGCAGUCAAUGUUUGCCCCAUGAAUUGCGCCCCUGUAACCUUGUAGCAACAGAUGCUGUGCAAAACACAAGCAGAGCCAUGGUGGCCGGCAGUGAUAGCGAUGCGAUAAUGCAGGUGCAACAACAACAACAACAACGAUUAGUGCAUACAUCCUUACUCUCCGCUACUUUUGUGAAUUUGUGCAUCUUCAUAGCGGGCACCAGCGUGGCUUUCUUUCUCUACGAGUUCCUUCACUUCUCUCCAUAUAGUGCGCUCUUGCGCCAGGCCACUAAACAACUGCAGCAUUUACCUGAUGAGCAUUUCCUGCAGAUUCGCGAUGACUUCGCUCUAUAUGCGACGCCUGGCGCAGGAACAUUGGAUUUGGACGCGUUUAAAGAAAUGUAUAGUAAUUUGAAAGAAGAUGCGAGUGCACAUGAUUCGACAACGAAUGUGAAAGAGGCGCUCGAUUCGCUGAAAUUAGCAAAGGAGAUGCGCGCAUUGGGCAAAAAUGAUAAGGCGGAACGGUUGUAUGAGCAUGCUUUUGCGCUGGCGCCAAAACAUCCCGAAGUGCUGCUGCGGUACGGCGAGUAUCUGGAGCACAAUCAACGCGAUAUUGUGUUGGCGGAUCAGUAUUACUUUCAGGCUCUUAUUCUGAACCCCACCAACACAGAAGCGGUAGCCAAUCGUCAACGUACCGCUGCUAUUGUACAAUCAAUUGACGAACGAAAGCUGAAAUUGCUUGACUUGAAGCGUGACGCACUCUCCGCAGUGCACGAAUCAAAUGCAGCAUUGAGACGCGCCAAAAAGGAGGCUUAUUUUCAACAUAUCUACCACUCAGUGGGCAUUGAGGGCAAUACUAUGACAUUGGCGCAGACGCGCUCUAUUUUGGAGACACGUAUGGCUAUCGAUGGCAAGUCGAUCGAUGAGCAUAACGAAAUUCUGGGUUUGGAUUUGGCUAUGAAGUACAUCAAUGCAAGUUUGGUUAAUAAAAUGGAAAUAACUUUAAAAGAUAUUUUAGAAAUACACAGACGUGUGCUGGGUCAUGUUGACCCGAUUGAGGGCGGAGAAUUUCGUCGUACACAAGUUUACGUUGGCGGCCAUGUUCCACCUGGUCCGGGAGAUUUGGCCAUACUCAUGCAGCGCUUCGAGAUUUGGGUGAAUGCAGAGCAAUCGGUUUCAAUGCAUCCAGUAAAACAUGCCGCUUUGGCUCACUAUAAACUAGUGCACAUACACCCCUUCAUCGAUGGAAAUGGCCGCACGUCGCGUCUGCUUAUGAAUGCAUUGCUGAUGCGCGCUGGGUAUCCGCCCAUUAUUAUUCCAAAGCAACAGAGGCACAAAUACUACCAAUUCCUUCAACUGGCCAACGAGGGUGACAUACGCCCUUUCGUGCGUUUCAUAGCCGAUUGCACAGAAAAAACACUUGAUUUAUACCUCUGGGCGACAAGUGAUUUACCACAGCAGAUACCAAUGCUAGCACGUACGGAAAACGAGUUGGCGAAUGUGGACAAGCUGGUAAAACCGGGAGUGGCCGCUGGGAACGGCGACUUUUUGGCAGCACAGAAAGCAACCAUAUCGUCGCCGGUGGAUAUAUUUCAAUCUGGUUCCGGAGAAAUUCCUUAACAUUUCAUGCAGCUGCUGAUAUUAAUAUAUGCCAUAGAAUUUAGCGGUCAAACGCAGGUCGUAGAUGCACUAAUUAAAAUUUAACUUGAAUGUGGGGUGAAAAUUAGUUUAGAUAUGCAACACCUGACUGUGAUCUGUUAGAAAUGUAUGGAGUUUAGUAAAAACUGGCAUAUCUGACCGUCUAGGAGUCAAGCUGCUG